AUGUCCAACAUUUUGGGGACCUUCAACGACACCAACACCCAGUUUGCAAUCAGAGGCGGCGGACACAUGACCAUUGCGAAUGCCGCCAACAUCAACGCGCCUGGUGUACUGGUCGCCACGUCUGGUCUGAGCAACUUGGUUCUUUCCGAGGACCAAUCGACUAUCGAAGUCGGUGCGGGAAAUACGUGGUCGGACGUUUACCGCUUCCUGGAGCCCUACAAGCUCGCAGUGUGCGUUCUAGGUAACGGCGACAUUAUAUCUGCGCUCGCAACGAACGAGUACUCCGACCUCUUCUGGGCACUUCGCGGCGGCGGCAACUCCUUUGCCAUUGUCACUGGGUUUCAUCUUAAGACUCUGUCUCUCCCCGAGGUUGCGGUUGGCGAGAAUCAGUACAGCUCGAACUCGAGCGCGCAGUUCCUCGACAGCAGCUAUAGCUUCGCUCUAGACGGUUCGAGCGAUACCCACGUUGGCAUCGAGCCCAGAGUCCAGUGGAUCCCGUCCUUGUACCCCGACCCAAGCUACUACUCCAUUCUGUUCAACAACGGCAACACCACCACCCCGUCUGCCCUCAUCAACUUCACUCAAACUAUGGAACCUAUCAGCUCUUCAUUCACCGUAAGACCCUCCAUGUACAACUGGACACAGUUCGCAGACUCUAGCCGGAGUCAGCUUGCUGGCUUGAGGAGUGCGUUCCACGUCGUCACCAUCAAGGCUAACCGGCAAGCCCUUGACAUUGUGCACGACGUGUUUCUGGGCAUGAUGAAGACUCAGAUUUCGGGGGUAACCAACGUCAUUGGCAGUCUUGCCUUUGUCCCUGUCACCGAGCACUUUUUGAGUGUGUCUACCGCUAAUGGUGGCGACCCGAUGGAUGUGGAUGCGACGCAGGGAACUUACAUCUUGGUCGAAGAAACUGUUGUGUGGUCAGAGGCCUCGGACGAUGCGAAGAUUGACCAAUUCCUCGCCGACUUCGACACCAAUGUGACGUCGCAGAUCAAUGCCUUGGGCGAUUUUAUGUCUCCGUUUCUGCACCUGAACUAUGCUGGUGCCGGCCAGCCAGUCUUCCAGGGAUACGCUGGCGACAACCUCCAGAAGAUGAAGGACAUACGCGCUAAGUACGACCCAGACCUCAUCUUCACCAACCUGAUGCCCGGUGGUUGGAAGGUGGAGGCGGCCUAA